AUGAAUACUUGUUUAUUUAUGAUUAAUCGUUAUCCGAUCGUAUCUGAUCGCAUGUCAUUUACGUCAACUAGAAAUGAAACAAUAAAAAUAAUACAUAUCUACGAUGAUGCUGAAGGAUGGAUAUCGCCAUCACUCUAUAAUGAACUUAACUCCUAUGUUUCAGCUCGUAAUAAUAAUAGUGCUUAUAUUCACAAGACUUUUAUUAUUAAUAAUGAAAAAGUAGAAAAUCUUCCAUUAAAUUAUGAUUACAUUAACUUUAUAGCAGAUAAUCAAGAAAAAUUAUAUCCUUAUUCAUCAUGGAAAUGCUCUGAAACAUCAAAUACCGACAUCCAAGAAGGUAAUGAAUAUUGUAUUUUAACAAAUAUUUACUAUCGAUCAUCAACUAAUCAAUAUUAUUUUUUUCAAAAUUCAACUGAAACAAAUACAGAAAGGCGAAGAAAUACAUUUAUGGCUUCUGAUAAUGUUUUUAAUUUAAAUUUAAUUGAUAAUAUUGCAAUUAUAAAAAGAUUGGAUCUUUCAGCUAUUUUGAAACGACCAGUUUUAAUUACUCAUCCACCUGAUGAAAAUUAUGCUCAUGGUUUUCUUGAAUCAUGUGGUCCUCGAUUUUGGGUAUUAGCCGAAUGUCAAUCACAUCCGUCUUAUGUCGAUCCAACUAAAAUUCAAAUUUAUUAUACAUCAAAAAUGUUCGAUGGUUAUCCACUAAAUUGGAAUAAUUAUAUUCGACAAUCUGAUGGAACUUAUCUACCAAGAAGAAGAUGGGAACAAAUGAUUCAAUCAAUGUUUUCGAUUUAUCCAUUAUUAACAUAUAAAUCAUUUGAUAAAAAAACUGUUAUGUUUCAGUAUAUGUUACUAACAAGCUUGAGCAAAACUCGAACCUCAGUUUGGGGUCAUCAUUAUGAACAUAGACCAAUGAAAUCAUAUCCAUUUCCAACUGUCAAUUAUCGUCGAGCUUAUUUAGCUUAUUCGGAAUGGAUAUUGAAUAAUUUCAAUCUGAAAUCAAAAUUUCAAUUAACAUCAAUUCAAGAAGAAUUACAAAAUAAAAAAAUAUCUGAACAAAUUCCUCUUUGUAAUCAAACAUGUCCUAUUCAACAAAAAAUAAAUUCAUCAUCGAAUGAAUUUACUGGUGAAUGGAUUGUUGUUCUAAAUCGUGCCGAUGUUGGUCGUCGUGAAAUGAUAAAUGCUGAUGAAUUAGUUGCUGCUUUGUUAAAAGCAUUUCCUGAUCAUUCGAAUCCAUAUUUACGAGUUUGGCCAAAACAAUUUAAUUUUAAUGAUAAUCUCUAUGAAACAGCACGAAUGGCGCGAUCAAUACGUUUAUUAAUUGGUGUACAUGGAGCAGGUUUAUCGAAUACUUUAUUUAUGAGACCAGGUACAAUUCUUUAUGAAGUAAAUCCAUAUGGUUGUCGUCAUUUAUCAUUUAACUUUCGUCGUUGGGCUGAAGUAUUUAAUCUUCAACAUUCUUUAUGGAUUCCAUCAGAAGGCAAUAAUGGAAGGACAGAUAACAAUUGUAAGCGUGAAUCAUCGACAAUAUUAAAUGUAAAAGAAAUCAUUAAUGAAGUGGAAGGUUUGAUUAAAGAUGAAGCUGCAUAUCGAAGUGGUUAUAUAAAACGAGCAUUAAACAUAAUGAAUGAUAUGUCAGUCGUCGAUCAUCCACCAUCAAAUUUCGAAAAAAUUUUCUAG